AUACGAAUCCACCCUAUCUUUUAUAAGAAACUCCUAGAACUAGCACCUCUAGAUACUAAGCUAGUAAUAGACAUAGAGCUUAAAGACGACGAAUAUAAGGUUAAAGAGGUUAAGAACCUACGGAAAAUUAGUCGAAAUCUAACGAACUAUAAGUUACUAAUACGUGAUUUUUACUAG